GAAUUCUUGUAGUGAAGGUUAUUUGAAAGAUGUUGAUCUCCCUCCUUCAUCAAUCAAAAUUCAUCUCCUUGCUGUUCUUCUUCGUUCUCAUCAAAACCCUAAAUGCACAACCAAUGCAUAUCUAUAGCUACUGCUACAAAUCUGGUAAUUACACGGCAAACGGUCUUUACAGAUCCAAUCUAGAGUCUCUCAUAUCUGUUCUCCGUUCUCAAUCAUACACAAAAGUUUUCUACAGCUACGUCUCAGGUUCUUCCUCGACAGCAACCGUGUAUGGAAACUAUCUAUGUCGCGGAGACGUCUCAUCCUCAACAUGUGAAACAUGCAUUACAAGAGCAUCGAGAAACGUUCUUAUAGCAUGUCCUGUCCAAAAAGAAGCUAUCAUAUGGUAUGAAGAGUGUUUCCUUGCAUACACCAACCGUCAGACUCUCUCCAUUUCUGAUUUUAGACCGUCCAUUAGACAGACGACGUAUACGUAUACCAUGUAUCAAUCUUAUUUCACUAAUACCUUGGAAUACCGUAUGGACCUGCUGAUACGAGAAGCCUACUCGAGCUCUUCCUAUUUCGCAGAAGAGACACAUCAAGUGAGUUAUCUUGGAGAGGUUUAUGAUCUGCACGGGUUGGUGCAGUGCACACCUGAUCUAAAUCAGUACGAUUGCUAUAGAUGCUUGAAAUGGGCAUAUAAUGAGACAGAAAAGUGUUGUUAUGGAAAUAGUUUCGCGUUGGUUUAUACCACUAAAUGUAUGUUGACGUAUAAAGCCAGUUUCCUGGCGCCUCCACUCCCUCCUCCUCCACCUCCGCCACCACCUUUGCGUCAUUCUCGCGGAAAUAAUAGCCCCGAUUCCGACGACUCGUUUUCGUUUAAGUUUAAAGGUAAAGUUUUUAGAAGAAUCAUUGGUCCGGUAAUAGCUGCGGUGGUAAUGAUCUUGGCGAUCUGUGUAUGCUCUCUCUGUUAUUAUUGCUGUAAGAAGAAGAAGAAGGAGGAGGAGGUACAAGAAAGAGAAAUGUCAACGACCAACGUUAUCGUAAGUCCUCCGGUUGAUCAGCCAAUAGCCAAAACUGAAUCACAAAUACCAAAUUAAAUCAAAUACAAAGUUAUGUUUAUGCACACGUGACCACUCUUUUUUUUUCUUUCUUUGAACUUUGUGAUUGAUGACUGUUGCCUGUUGGAGACAAUGUAUUCCCUAUAGUUAUGAGGUCAACUACAGUUGCCAAAUUAGUUUGUCUAUGUUUUUUUAUUAAUUUUGUCUAUGUUUUCUUAUUUACGACUCCUAUACAUUACUGAUUUUAGCCGAAUCUUAAUAUGAUAGGUGUUAUUAAACUAAAAAAUAUGAUAUAUUCCAAACCUUUGGUGUAACUUGGUGGAAAACAGAAGUUGAUAUCUUACUCGAUAAAACGGAAUAUCGAAUUAUCGAUCGUUAAAUUAACGCAAGUUGGUACUAAACAUUGCCUUUGUAUUUCAAAAUCGUUAGUUUAAUGUAUACGUAUAUAUGUCUCUACAGCUAGUUUAAAACUAUGAAUAAGUUAAUAUUCGAUAACAUCAGGUGGUCUAGCGGCAGUACUGAAUGUUUCUCACACACGACUACCUGAGGUCGCCAGUUCGAUACUCGGGGAUAGCGGGGUGGAACUGGGUUAGCUAAAAAACCCCUGCGUCAGGUGGGCUACGGCCAGUACUGAACGUGGGAUACGGUUUCUGGCGAGGUGGCCCUUCGGGGUGAGCCCAGUCACUAUAAAAAGUUCAACCUAUACAGUUUAACCGGGCCUCGUGGUCUGGUGGUAAAGGAACCUCGGCUGAGGUGCCCGCCAUCACGACUUCGAGCCCCGGCCACAGCGGAUUUAACAUCCCUUCCGUUGGGGCGCUGGACCCCCUACAGGGGGAUAGUUGGGAAUGUGGCUGCCCAGAUACCAGAGUUACCAAAAAAAAAAAAAAGUUAAUAUUCAACCCCAUACUGACCUAUAAGAGCACCUCCAACCAUUGAUACUCAAUUAACAUUAAAAUUAAAGAAAAAUUAAAAAAAAUUAAGAAUUUAAGAGAGAGACAAGAAAAAGUAUCUAAAAUGGGUACUAAAAGAUGAGUUUUUCUUAAGUUCACCUUAUGUUCACCGACCAAGAUUUAGUUAUUUAAGAUUCAAUAUCUUUUAAAAAGAAAACAAAAUAAUGAGAAUUUGUAAGUUAUAU